CUGGAAAACGCGGAUUGACUGAGAAUUUUCCGCGUUUGAAACGCGGAAUUUUACCCAACACCACCAAAGCUGUGGUAAAAAAAUAAUUGUUUGAAAGCGAGGGUUUGGUUUCAGACUUUCACAUAUCAUCGAGUUGAACCAAAUACGCAGUACGCGCGUGAAGGAUUAUUCUUGCGCUAGGCAGUGAUACCAAAUCAUGAAUAACUCUUCCUUCUUAUUGGAACAUGGAAACAGUUAUGCAAAAACCACUAAUGGAAAGUUGAAGAUCAACAAAAGGGAGAAACAUGAUGAGAUAGGCCAGGUUCUUGAAUCACUAAGACGAAUAAAGAGUUUGAGUCCAUGUGGAUCAAUGUUAGAGAUAGGUAAUGGAGUUGAGGAAGAACAUAUUAGUUGUGAUGGAAAAAGAAGAACAUCAAAAAUGAUGGGAAGAACGGCAUCAUGGUGGGCGACCUUUGGGAUUUCUCUGUGUUCAUCAUCAUUAAAAUACAGCAAACCAGUUCUCCAAGCACAACAACCUCAUCCACUUUGGCUUUCCAUCAUAGCAAUGUUGAGCUUUAUUUUGUUUGCAAGUGCUGUCACUGUUAUGGUUCUUGUUGGAGCAAGAUUCACUCAUAUGCAGAUGAUUGUUAUGCUCAUUGCAUUCUUCACCCUGGUGUUGGCUUAACAUGUUUUCAGAUUCGUGCACAAGUAGUAUCUUGCUUUUUAUAUAAUUUCAUUUUCAAAACAAUAUUGUAACAAAUGUUUGAGUGUGACAUAUUAUCAGCAA